AAGUAAGUAGUUGGGUACAGCACCAAAGCGACCACAGACAGGCCUUCAGGAGGGUUUCAUGUUGUGUCGACUGGAAACAGGAAAUGAUGAAAUGAUGCAAAGAGAGCCAGCGGGUCUUCAUCUCACUCAUUAUUCACGAGUACGUCCGAGCUAAAGAGAUACAAAUGUCAACAACAACCUGAUCAUUAAAAUGGGCACUGAGCAACAAGAAGUGGAGUCUGCAGCACAUCCACCGCAAACAGAACAAGGAUCAGCAGCGAAGAAGAGGAACCCCCCUACAGAUCAUCUCGAGGGACAAGAAGCUGAGUCCACUGACCCUCUCAAAACAUACAAAUGGAAAACGGCCUCAAAGGAAUUUCUUCAUGAGGUGAGUGAAGACGGAGCCUCCUCUGCGGCAUCUCCAACUGAAAGGACUCAAAAGGGCAACAAAUGGAACAAGAUGCAAUUGUGGCGCAAGGCCCUGAGUGAGGAAGACAAAGCAACUAAGAUGAAUUCUACAGGAAAGAAUCCCUUCCAAAGAGCCCUUUCUUUGCCUCCUGUGUCAUUUUUUGCCACGCUGACCCAAUCCUCUAGCUCUGCCAAUGCACCACACGGAGAGCCCCCAUCACCCUCUGUUGCAGAAGCCACUUUGGAGCCUGAGCAAGGGGGAGGAGGGGCCCGAUUUAAAAAGUGCUGGAGGUCUGUGUCUCAGAAGCUCAAGAGGCCCAGACUGCAAAGUCGGAACAGCGCCCCUAUAUUGUUACAAGGUGAAGGUGAGCAUGAAGCUGUGUCCACAGAACUCCAGAAAAACCAGUGGGCGCAACCCCGGGGAGUUACCUUGUGGAACAUUAGCAACUGUGUUCUUCAAGAUGGACAGAUUCUCAUCUGCACCGAGGAAGAACCGACAAUGUGGACCCGGACCCGUGUUAACAGCUGCCUGUCCAACCUCAGUAUGCAGAAUCUUGUGGAUAUUGACGCAGAAUGUAGUCCUGACCCCGUGAACUCUCGACCAAAGAAAGAAGAUGGUGGUGUGCGGGCACUGAUUAAGCGACGUUUUGAGAACAAGGCCAAGAGAAACAGCAACACUCAAUUGAACCAUGUGGGACUAAACAAAGGAAGCAGGCACUAUGGAUCCAAGGAGUCUGUAUCAAUUCCAGUGAGCCCUGUUGGAAGUCUGGAUCUGAGUGCAGAUGCCAGUACUGUGGUCAGGCCAGUCCACAGCUCCAUUCUAGGGGAGAAGUACUGUUUUGAGGUCAUAAACUCGGAGAACACACACUGCUUUGGCUGCUCCUCAGCUGCAGAGCGUGAUCGUUGGAUUGAAGACCUGAGAAGGGCUGCCCAGCCCAAUAAGGAUAACAUUGAGCGGACAGAGAACUCCCUAAAUCUGUGGGUGAAAGAAGCAAAGGAUUUGCCUCCAAAACGCCGCUAUUACUGUGAAGUACAUUUAGAUGGGACUCUCUUUGCCCGUACCACCUCUCGCCCUAUAGGAAAAGUGUCCAGUCGUUCCAACCUGGCUGCAGAAAUCUCUACUGGUUCUUCAGGAAGUCUGGGUGGUAGUGCAGGUGUUGCAGGGGGAUGUCAGUUAUUCUGGGGAGAGUUCUUUGAACUUGACAAUCUUCCAUGCAUCUCCCAAAUCACCUUGCACCUCUUCCGUGAGGAAGACCCCAAGAAAAAGCCCCAUUCUCGAGAUGAAUUCAACCUGCACCCACUGGGGAGUGUCAAUAUACACUUAGCUGAUAUCCGAGGGAGGACCUAUCAGGAAAAGUGGUAUCCUAUCAUUCCUUACAAGCUGUCGAGUACGGGGUGCGCCAAAGAGCAUCUGGGGUCACAGGCUUCUCUUCGCAUCAAGGCCCGUUUCCAGAAUCUACACGUUCUUCCUAUGGAGAAAUACAAGGAGUUUGCUGAGUAUGUGACUGUGAAUUAUGUCGACAUGUGCAAAAGCUUGGAGCCACUUCUGAAUGUGAAAGAAAAGGAGGAGCUGGCCGGGGCGCUUGUGCAUGUGCUGCAGAGUAUCGGCAAAGCAAAGGAGUUUCUCGUUGAUUUGGGAACCGCCGAGAUUGAACGUUUUGGAGAGAAGGAGGCUCUUAUCUUCAGAGAGAACACAAUUGCCACGAAAGCCAUAGAUGAAUAUAUGAAGCUGGUUGGACAAAAAUACCUCAUUGACACAUUAGGUAAAUAUGUUAGAUUAAACUGGUUUCCCGUGAUUACAAAUACUUUCAUAGGGCUCUCUUUCUCAUUGGUUUCAGGGGACUUCAUCAUACGUCUGUAUGAAAUGGGGGACAACUGUGAAGUUGACCCCCGCAAAUGUCAUGCCUCUGAACUAUCAAACAACCAGAGGAAUUUGAGGGAAGUGUGUGACGAAGUGGUGCGGAAAAUUAUUGACCUCCAUGGACACUUUCCUGAGGAGCUGAACAAGAUUUUCUCAAGUUGGACGGUGUUGUGUGAAGACCAAGGAAGACCAGAGAUUGGUCAACGUCUCAUCUCUGCUUCCCUCUUCCUUCGCUUCUUGUGUCCUGCUGUCCUGAGUCCAUCUCUUUUUGGUUUGACACAACCAUACCCAGAACCAAAAACCCUACGCGCACUCACCCUAACUGCUAAAGUCAUCCAGAACUUGGCAAACUUCACUCUGUUUGGAGACAAGGAGGAGUACAUGCUUUUUAUGAAUGAAUUCUUAGAGCAGCAUUGGGACAGAAUGAGGGGCUUUCUCCAAACAGUAUCCAAUCCAUAUGCUGAAAUCCCAAUGAGUUCUUUUGAUGGCUAUGUGGAUCUACCUCUGCGACUGGCCGUGCUGCAUGGUCUGUUGGUUGAUAUCAUCUGUCUGAGGGAUCAGGACACCAUUGAGAAAUUGCACCCUCUGCCUUUGAUCCUGAACCAGAUAACAGAGUCACUGGGCCCUGAGAUGCACCAGAUAACAAUUAACCAGAAACAAGAUAAGCCAAUGUAUGUUCCUCCAAAGGACUUGAGCAAAUUUAGCCCUCAUCAAUCAUCCCUCCAACAGCUUCCUCAGGACUCCAAGAGAGAUGGAGAUGUUAAAGCUAGGAGAAGGAAGCCAGUCGCCAGAACUCAAAGUGCACCUCAUAGACGUCCUGAAAAAAGACUAAAGAGGCAGACAAGUUCUGAAGCCCUGCCCACAGCUGACCAUGAACAAGAUUUGGAAACAAACCAGCCACUCAUAUCAUCACCAAAAACUAGCGAAACAAUCAAACCAUGUGCACCAGUCCCUUGGAUUAAAGACGUACAAAACAGGGAGCCCAGAGAGAUGCACUCUGAGCAGGAGGAACUCAGUUUACUAGAUAAGCAUGCCCAAGAACUGUCCGAGCUCCGCCUGGGAAUAGACCAGGUGACUGAGCGUGAGCUGGAAAUGGCAAAGCGACUGGAGGACUUCAUUAACCAAAGUCAAGAUCAGAAUGCAAUACUGCAGGCCGAAAUGGAUGAGCUUCGGAAUCUGCUGGCUGUGCGGGAGGAGCAGCUAGCUAGCGCCACCUUCAGGUUGGAUGUGAUCGAGGAGGAGAGGGAGGAUGAUGAGCGCAAGCUAAAUGCCGCAAUUGCAGCUGCUGAGCGAAUAAACAUACUGGAGGAGCAGUUUGCCGGCUUGAUGAAGAAUAUUCAUCAGCUCAAUAAAUCAACAAGCUGAUGAAAAGGAACAAAUUGUCAGUUCAGGAUGAUUUACUUCUUAGGGUUUGCCAUAGUUGUGUACAGUUUCAGUAUAGCCCCAAGUAUGCUUCUUAGCCAUUUCUCAGCGAGCACAUAAAAACUAAUCUUAUCUUUGCCAGACAUUUAUUUGUGUGUAGUAUGAUAAAUUGAAUCUGUUACAAAAACUGAAACACUGACAAAUGACUGAACAAUCAAUAGCCCAUCGAGCACGGAUUUUAUUUGUGUUAAGCACUUCAUAUAAAGUUUAUACCAAAGUCAAUACAAGAUUUCGACAAACAGUCAAAAUAUUUGGUUCACUCACACAAUCUUACAAUAGACACAAUAAAACGUUUACCUUGAAAUUCUCCCUUUACCAACACAAAAAUGCUCAGUAAUUUGUGACGGUGAAGAACUCACUCUAUAAUAUAUACACGUACUUUUUUAUAUUUGUAAUAUCUGUAUGAGCAGCAAAUUUUGACCCGUCACAACGUUAUGGGCAUUUGAGAAAUAGUAUUCAAAACAAUAAAUGUGUGAAAUGAGGU